AUGUCGGCUCAAGGCCACAACGGCCAAGAACCACAUCAAGACCACGACCGGCCCUCCAAUUCCCGCAGCACCCGCCACCUGCAGAUUCAGGAGCCAGAACGGAGGCCGCUGCUCCCAAGACACAUGAGCCAUGAGCCCGACAGUGAGCCUGUCUUCUCGUGCGUGCCUAAUCCACACUCUCACCUGCCUGUCUACACCAACAUCCACCGCAUCAGGAGGGAUGUUGUCUCCAUCGUCGAGGACUACAUGAGCCUGGAGCAGCUGAGGGACGUGAGGAUAAACAUCUCCGUCAUACGGCCCUUGGUCGACAAACUGUAUGACCUUGACGACAUCUCCAUUGUCUACUGUCUCCUCGUGAACCGCACUCAGUUCCUGCACGAGCAGUCUCAUCUGCACAACAGGCAGAAUGUAAACUACACCCGUGCCACCCUGUGUGAGCUUGUUGCCACCCGCAUCCUCCGCCGCUUCAACGAGGACAACGAGGGGACCGAGGGGCUGCUUGUCCUCGCUCAUAUCCUCGUCGCCGGCUUCUCGCCCUUCCAGAAUGCCCCGGGCGACAUCCGCCGCGAGGCUGCCACAUCCUCCUCAUCCAGCUACCACACCACGUUGCCAGCCCUUGAGGUUGCCAUCCUCAGCGAGAGCAAGCUAUUCCUCAGCUCCACCUCCUGCCAAAAGGUCAUUGAUGCCAUCUACGAAGGGCGCGUCAUAUACACGCCCAGUAGCUUCAUCAACAUCAUCCCCGAUCGGUACAAGCAGAAGCCAAUAAGCCUGUAUGACCCCAGGGCCUCAUCGCUGUUGAACCAGUACCGCCUGAUCGUCCCGAGGACGAGGAACAUACUCGAGAUCAUGCAGUUCGUCAUAUUACUGGUUCUUUACGUCCUGUUCAUGGCCGAGAGGGACCCCACGACCUUCUCCAUCCUCGAGGUCAUGUUCUCUGUCUACUCAUUCGGAUGGGUUCUCGACAACUUCGCCACGAUACUGGAGCACGGGUGGCAGGUCUACACUCAGAACCUGUGGAGCUUCCUGGACGUCACUUUUGCCGUCAUCUUCUGGGUAUACCUAGUGCUGCGCAUUCAGGGCUGGCGCACCAACAGCCAAGACACCGACCAGCAGGCCCUUGAUGUCCUCGCGAUGGGUGCUCCCGUGCUUAUUCCCCGCCUCGCCUUCAACCUUCUCUCAAACAACCUGCUCUUCGUCUCCCUGAGGGCUAUGAUGGCCGACUUCACGACCCUAACAGCCCUUGCCGCCUGGUGUUUUGCCGGAUUCCUCAUGUCACUCAUCUGGCUGGGUGAGGGGGACCACUCGACCAUCACGGUGAGCAAGUGGUUGCUGUGGAUAUGGUUUGGACUCGACGGAACCGGCAUCCAAAGGGCACCCGAGUUCCACCAGAUACUGGGGCCGUGCCUCAUGGUUACCUUUGCCUUCCUGGGCAACACCCUGUUCCUCACAAUCCUCGUCUCCAUGCUCUCAAACACCUUCAGCACCAUCGUGUCCAACGCCACGGCUGAGAUCCAGUACCGCCACGCCGUCCAGACCUUAGAGGGUGUCAAGAGCGACGCCAUCUUCGCUUACCAGCCACCCUUUAACAUUCUCGCUCUCUUUAUCCUGGCCCCUCUCAAGUUUGUUGUGAGCCCCCGAUGGUUCCACAAGAUCCAUGUUGCGGCAGUCCGACUCCUGAAUCUCCCCCUCCUCCUCAUCAUCGCGGCCGUUGAACGUCGUGUCUUAUGGCCUGUUUCGGCAUCCACACAGCAACCUGUUGCAGACACCGGGGUCGAUAAGAGGUAUCACUGGUUCUGGGAGAAGUGGCGCAUCACGACACACGGGGACAUUCAUGCUGUGUUCGGCCGUUCGCCUCCGGAUGAGGUCGAAGAUGCCAUCUCCGUCGAUGACGACCUGACGCGCCACAUGAUUCGCCGGCAAUUCCAGAGAAACAGCACCGCGGACUCGACCAACCUGCACAACAUGAUCAAGCAUUUCAGGACCAAACAAUCACAUGAGAGGGACGGCAACGCCGGCACCAAAGACGCGGGUGACCAGCUUGGGGCAACCCCGGCCGCCUCCGACGGCAGGCAGACGCCAAAGUCGCCUGCCCCUGGAAAAGUGUUGAGCAGAAGGGACAGCAUGGCGCCGUUCCCGGGGCUGCGGCAGGAGCUGCAGGGCAUCUUUAACGACAGCGAGGAGAUUAGUGACCUGACGACACGGCUGGAGGCGUUGGAAGACAGCAAUGCGCGUAUAGAAGCAAUGCUUGUCAGGCUGGUCGAGGACGUUGAAGAUACCCCCAGUAUUGUGGAGGAGUCGCAGGCUGGCAAGCUGGGCACGCUGGACGAUUUUGACCGCACUGCAGAUGAGCAGUAG